AUGAUCGAUUAUUAUUUACUUGCUUCUAUUUUAAAUAAUAUUACUGAUCUACAUAUUAUUGGAGAUAUCAAUGGUGAAUAUAUUAUUGAUACAAGUCAUUGUCAAACAGUUGAUUAUGAAGGUGCUAUAUGGGCACGAUCAUUUUUAAGAAAUUCAACAGAUAUGUUAGCUGAUUCGAAAUGGAUUAAAGAAGUUAUUGGAAAGGAAGUUGAAAAUCGAGAUUUUGAACUUUAUACUCGUGUUGAACAUAAUCAAAUACUUGUUCAUACUCAAGCAUCAGCUAUUUUAUCGUUUAUUCAAGAUUGGAUCAAUGGUUCUAAUGAUGAUUAUUCAUAUUCAUGUGUUAUGUCUUGUUCAAGUUCUACACUAGGUUUAACAGAAACAAAUGAUGAUGAACAAAUAAAUGAAAAUAUAAUUUGUUCUAUACCUGUAAUGAUGAAAGGUCCAGAUGAAAUAGUACCUAUUGAUUUAAAACUAUCAAAUGAUAAUCGAAUUACACUCAUUCGAAUCAUCAAGGACAUGCAAGUCAAAUAUAAAAUGGAUUGA